UGUGAAGUUGAUCUUUGAUGUUAUUUUCUUUGUCACAAAUAUUUUAUAAUAAAAACAAACCGAUAAUUGAUAUCCUAGCAUCUAUAUUGUAUUCAAUUUAAAUGAGGACUGUAUUUAAUAAGACAGAAAGGUACUAAUACAACAAGAAAAUGUCGAGGAAACCUAAUUCCGGAAAAAGAGGCAAUUUGUCGCAAUUUGGCCUCAUAGACAUGCCAGAUUUAGACGAUGAGCCAAUGGAUUUAUCUGAUGACGAUGGAGACCUAGAAGCGGAGUUAGCUGCGAUCACUGGUGGUGGUGGCAAGAGGAGCAAGCCGAAGAAACCAGCUGCGGUGGCACCAGCUGACCUGGAUGCUAUGAUUGCUGCUAGCUUGAGGGAUGUGCCUUCUGAUGAUGAGGGAUCUGGUGAUGAUGACGACCCAGACUUACUUAACGAACUACAAGAGCUGGCUCUUGAUGAUGAAGCUCCCCGACUCAGCAGGCCAGCUCCCCCACCACCAGGAGCUGUUAGUGCAGAAAACAGUACCGUCAGUUUGUUGCAAGAGAGGAUAUCUAAUUAUACUAUAGCCGAGAAGGCUGCUAAGGAUAGUGGCGAAAGUAGUAGGGCUAGACGUUUCGGCCGCGGCCUGAAAACCCUGAACGACUUACUAAAACAAGCGAAAGCUGGCCGUCCGAUCAACGACGAAGACAUACCUCCCGCUGUCAGUGUUGGCAAGCCAGCUGCACCUGUUGCACCAUCAGCCCCUCCAGAUGUAGUUCCAUCAACUCCAGAACCAGUUCCUCAGCCACCAGCUCGAAGGGCCCCAGCUCCUCCACCGCGUGCGGAAUCCCUGGAGAAGAGACCAGCAACACCGCCUGAGCCGAAGGAACCGCCACCACAGUUGCCGACGGAGCCUGUAGAUCCAGCUAAGGAGGAGGGAUUGAGGUUUAUUUUAAAACGCAAAGAAGAGUUCAAAGCGGCAGCUCUAGCCAGCAAGCACGCCGGUGACAAGACCAUGGCGCUCGAAUACUUGAAAGUUGUGAAACAAUUCGAUAUAGUUGUUCAAGCUUUCCAAUCUGGUGAAGCCAUGGACCUGAACGAGCUGCCCACCCCCGAGGCUAUCGCUGCUGCUGUACGGGCGCAGACCAGUGAGGAACAAGUGCAGAAUUCUGCUGAACCAACCCCAGCUCCAGUUUCUGAAGGGACACUCAUCACAGCGUCCACUGUAGAUGAAGCGUUGAGGCAGAGACUUGCAGCUUUUCAGGAACAAGAAGCAAAAGCCAAAGAACAAGGCAAUUCCUCAAAGGCCCGUCGUAUGGGGCGUAUAGUGAAACAGUAUCAAGACGCAAUCAAGUUGCACGCUGCGGGCAAACCUCUGCCCCUGGAUGAACUGCCCACACCGAACGGAUUUGCCCCUAUACCUGGAGAGCAACAAAGCCCCAAACCAGCCCCAAGUCCCGCUAGCCCCCGAAGUCCCGCAGGCCCCGCAAGCCCCAGUGUCCCCGCACCGUCCCCGCGACCGUCCCCACAAUUGUCCCGAAAUGAUAAGCAAUUGUUGCUCUUGAUGCACAGACAGAAGGAGUAUAAGGAAGCGGCUAUAAAUGCUAAGAAGAGCGGUAACAUAGAGCAAGCAAAGGAAUACCUUCGCGCGGCGAAAGGGUUCGAUUCCUUGAUAGAAGCGACAAAGGGUGGUCUGCCCGUUGACUUGAAAUCUAUCCCUCUACCGCCUAAGGCUAAGAAACAAAUUGAGGAGACUUUCGACAUAGUAGCAGCCGAAGAUUGCGACCCGAGAGAAGAUUCCCUCAUUACCAGCGACGGUGAUGACGUCAUGUCGCGGUUACACGCACAACUAACCCGCCAACUGAAACUGUGCGUGACUAACCGUGACCAUUACCGCGCUAUGGGCAAUAUAGCGGAGAGCAACCGCUUUGAGCACAUGGCGGUUAGCGUGAAGCAGGAUUUGGAUGUGGUUGCGGUUGCUAAAAAUCUGAACCAACCGCCACCCACGUUCCACUACGAGGGCCGUCAGUUCGCGAUAGUGCAGUGCAACAGCGACCUUAACGAGAACGACUUAGAGCUCACAAUCGUGCGCGGUAUCGCGUACAAUGUGCCCAACCCCAGGGAGGUGGAUACAUAUGUGAAAUUCGAGUUUCCUUUCCCGCAGGACGCGCCGGCAAGUGAGCGCACAGCACUCGUGAAGGACACGAACAGUCCGCAGUACGACGCGACGUUCGUUCUGCCCAUACAGCGGCAGGCGAGGGCUUGUCUGCGUGUUUUCAAGCGGCACGGUGUCAAAUUUGAAGUUUAUUCUAGAGGGUGUAACCUGUUGUGUUGCAGUGGCUGGUUCAGCAAGGACACGAUGUUGGGCGCAGUUUCAGUGAAAUUGGCGCCGCUUGAAACGCAAGUCACGUUGCAUGAGGCUUAUCCGUUAAUGGACGGCCGUCGUCCAGCGGGCGGCUCGCUCGAAGUGCGCAUGCGUGUGCGCACACCACUAUUGCAACAGCAGAUAGAACAUACCAAACACCGCUGGCUUGUUAUCGAUAAUUGAUAAAUAAAUAAUAUCGAUGUUUUCAAACUACCCUCAUUGGCGUAUGAUAAAUAAAUAUACUCAUAAUCGUUAAAAAAUUGUCCGAAGCAAAACUCUGCUGAUGCGUGUAUUGGGCAGAGUUUUUGCAUGAGCGAAUUCAAUGAAAUUUGAACGUUAUUGCUGCGAUAUAAAGUGUUAAUUUCAAUGAACGUUUUAUGUAACGCUGGGUCAUUUUUGGCGACUUUUAGGGGCGAUUGUGUCUAGUUGUUUAUAGUACUUUAAUGAAUUUAUGUUUAUCUGGAAAAGAAGAAAGGUUUGUUCGUUUAGGAACCUUUUAAAGAUAAUGAGUGAAGUUUUAUUCUUCUAUGCAAUACGAGCUUUUUUGUAAACUUAUUAUUUUAUAGAAUUGCAUUUAAAUGAUAUUCAUCGAUCGACGUUUAACUUAAUCAAAUCGUAUCGAGUAGUAAUUAAAACUGUGUUUUUCUGUAAAAAUUCAAAAU